AGUACAGACAGUAUACGUGAGACAGUAUAUACAAGGCAGUACAGACAGUAUACAUGAUACAGUAUAUACAAGGCAGCACAGACAGUAUACAUGAUACAGUAUAUACAAGGCAGUACAGACAGUAUACAUGAGAUAGUAUAUACAAGGCAGUACAGACAGUAUACAUGAGACAGUAUAUACAAGGCAGUACAGACAGUACACGUGAGACAGUAUAUACAAGGCAGUACAGACAGUAUACGUGAGACAGUAUAUACAAGGCAGUACAGACAGUAUACAUGAGACAGUAUAUACUAGGCAGUACAUACAGUAUACAUGAGACAGUAUAUACAAGGCAGUACAGACAGUAUACGUGAGACAGUAUAUACAAGGCAGUACAGACAGUAUACGUGAUACAGUAUAUACAAGGCAGUACAGACAGUAUACGUGAGACAGUAUAUACAAGGCAGCACAGACAGUAUACGUGAGACAGUAUAUACUAGGCAGUACAGACAGUAUACGUGAGACAGUAUAUACAAGGCAGCACAGACAGUAUACGUGAGACAGUAUAUACAAGGCAGCACAGACAGUAUACAUGAGACAGUAUAUACAAGGCAACACAGACAGUAUACAUGAGACAGUAUAUACUAGGCAGUACAGACAGUAUACGUGAGACAGUAUAUACAAGGCAGCACAGACAGUAUACGUGAGACAAUAUAUACAAGGCAGUACAGACAGUAUACGUGAGACAGUAUAUACUAGGCAGUACAGACAGUAUACGUGAGACAGUAUAUACAAGGCAGCACAGACAGUAUACGUGAUACAGUAUAUACAAGGCAGCACAGACAGUAUGCAUGAUACAGUAUAUACAAGGCAGUACAGACAGUAUACGUGAUACAGUAUAUACAAGGCAGUACAGACAGUAUACGUGAGACAGUAUAUACAAGGCAGUACAGACAGUAUACGUGAUACAGUAUAUACAAGGCAGCACAGACAGUAUACAUGAUACAGUAUAUACAAGGCAGUACAGACAGUAUAUACAAGGCAGCACAGACAGUAUACAUGAGAUAGUAUAUACAAGGCAGUACAGACAGUAUACAUGAGACAGUAUAUACAAGGCAGUACAGACAGUACACGUGAGACAGUAUAUACAAGGCAGUACAGACAGUAUACGUGAGACAGUAUAUACAAGGCAGUACAGACAGUAUACAUGAGACAGUAUAUACUAGGCAGUACAUACAGUAUACAUGAGACAGUAUAUACAAGGCAGUACAGACAGUAUACGUGAGACAGUAUAUACAAGGCAGUACAGACAGUAUACAUGAUACAGUAUAUACAAGGCAGCACAGACAGUAUACAUGAUACAGUAUAUACAAGGCAGUACAGACAGUAUACGUGAGACAGUAUAUACAAGGCAGCACAGACAGUAUACAUGAGAUAGUAUAUACAAGGCAGUACAGACAGUAUACAUGAGACAGUAUAUACAAGGCAGUACAGACAGUAUACGUGAGACAGUAUAUACUAGGCAGUACAUACAGUAUACAUGAGACAGUAUAUACAAGGCAGUACAGACAGUAUACAUGAGACAGUAUAUACUAGGCAGUACAUACAGUAUAUACAAGGCAGCACAGACAGUAUACAUGAGAUAGUAUAUACAAGGCAGUACAGACAGUAUACAUGAGACAGUAUAUACAAGGCAGUACAGACAGUACACGUGAGACAGUAUAUACAAGGCAGUACAGACAGUAUACGUGAGACAGUAUAUACAAGGCAGUACAGACAGUAUACAUGAGACAGUAUAUACUAGGCAGUACAUACAGUAUAUACAAGGCAGCACAGAGUAUAACUGAACAUACAGUAUUUGCCUCUGCAAACCAAAAAGAAUCGAUUCUGCAAUAUAAUAUGAAUCGUGGAAAGUAAUCGAAUCACUACCAUCAUCAUCACCAUCAUCACCAGCAGCGAUCGCCUCUCCACCUGAUUGGACGGCCCCAAGCGGUGACAUCGGCAGCAGGGAUUACCCAGCAGGCCGUGCUGCUUGGGAGCACAGCCCCCUCGUCGCACACGGCCAAUCACAUGUACCUGCAGGCCACGCAGAUGGCCCAGCAGAGCACACCCGUGCAGGCCGGCCGCACACUGGGCAGCCCCGUUCCGCUCUCGCUGCAGCUCAUCUUCACGCCCGCCGUCACCACGCUGCAGCCCGAGGUCACCAUGGCAACCGCGGGCUCCGCUGCGGCGCAGGUGCAGAACCUGGCUCUACGAAGUCAGCAGGCGGCCGUGUCGUCGUCAUCGUCAUCGGCGGCUGCGUCGUCGUCGGCGGCGGCGGGGGCGUCCGCCACGGUGGGGGCCGGUGGCCCGCAGCCACCCCAGAGCGUGCCGCUCAAGCCGACCGCGGCCGGCCAGUCCAAGCCCCCAGGCCUGACGAAGCCAUCCGGCCAGGCCACGUCGCCCAAGACUGGAGCGGCGGACGAGGGCUGGCGGAGGGGCGACACGGGCAGCCCGUCGUCGGGGAACAUGGCCGGCGCCACGCGAACUCCGACCCCCGUCGCCUCGUUGCCCGUCGCCACGCCGGCCGGCAUGAUCGGGGCCGCCCAGCACCUGAUUUCCUCGCAGCAGAUCCCGCACGCCCAGCCUAAGCCGUCGCUGCACGGCCAGCUGCACGUCGCACCGCAGCAGCACCGGCCCGCGUGCCCCGGCCAGCCUCCGCCGCCGCCGCCGGCGUCGCCCGCGUCCCAGGGCCGCCCGGCGACGCCGCACGGCGCGGGGUCGGCUUCCGGGCCGCAGGCGCCCACGCGGUCGCCCACCCCGCAGGCCGUGGCGCGGUCGCCCACGCCGCAGCUGCAGGGCUCGCCCGGCGGCGCCCAGGCCCUUCCGCAGCCGCCGCCGCCGCCGCCGCCGUCGUCGGCGUCGUCAUCGGUGACCGGGCAGGGCAACGCGCAGGCCCAGCACGCGGUGAUGCCGCAGCCCCUCGCGCUGGUGCAACCGCACGUGGCCCUGAGCCAGAGCCAAGCGUCGCGCUCGCCUCCCAGCACCUGCGACGCCCACCACCACCACCAUCACCACCACCAUCACCACCACCAGCAGCAGCAGCUGCAGCAGCACUCGUCAGCACCGCAGGCCCUGCUGCAAGGCCACAAGGCCGAGCAAAGCAUGGCCACCGCUCAGGGCCGUCAGGGUGGCCACCAGACCGCGCCGCCGCUGCCAGGCGGCGCUUGCCGGCAGGCGGUGGCACCGGCGGCCUCCUCCUCCUCCUCGGCUUCUCUGCAGGUGCAGGGCGGCAGGCUCACGCAGCCUUCGCUCCCGCCGUCCGCUCCCCAGUCGCCGGCGGCGCCGGGCCGGCUGGCGCCGCAGCCACAGCAGGGGAUGGUGCAGGGCCAGGUGAGGCAGGCACAGGUGCAGCCGCAAGCUCAGCAGGGUGCGGCCAGGCAGGGCCAGCCGGCGCCUCGUCCCGUGCACGGCCCCUGCUCGCACCAGACGCUGCCCACGUCGGCGCCGGCGGACGGGAAGGCCAGGGACGUUCUGCCCACGCUGGUGCGGGAGCAGCCCCUGGGGCAGCUCGCGCAGCCCCUGGGGCAGCUCGCGCAGCAGGGCGGCUACGGGCUGCUGCCGCCGCCGCAAACGGUCGCCAUGAACCUGCAGGUGCAGUCGACGACGCAGACGCAGGCCGGAUCGUCUCGUGGAGGGCGGGAGGAAGGUCGCGUCACCACGGCGACGGGGAGCCCGGGAGAGAAGCGCUCGGUGACGCGCAGCCCCACGCCGCCCCCUCCGCCCCUCUCCCCCGUGCAGCAGCCCGACUACCGGCCUGACUCCCACACGCACGACAAGGAGAUGGACACGGGCGACGACGCAGCUCCCUCCAUCUCGCCCUCGGCGAAGAGCCCCGGCGUGACAACCACGACGGCGCACCUGGCCGACGAGUCGAUGGACACCACCGAGGAGGCCCCGGCGCCCGGCGGCACGGGCCCCGAGAGCGUCUCCGCGGCCCGAAGCGAGACGCCGCGGCCGCCCCAGGCGAUCGUGAAGCCACACAUCCUCACGCACGUCAUCGAGGGUUUCGUCAUCCAGGAGGGAGCUGAACCCUUCCCCGUGAGCUCCAAGGCCAGAGGCGCUUGCGUUAUGGUGGGCCGUUCCUCGCUGCUGGUGGAGAAAUCCGACAAGGGCCGGCAGCCGGCGCCGCCAGGCUCCACGCCGUUCCCCUCGGACGACAAGUCUCCUCCGCCGGGACCCGACUCGUCCGACUCGGACAUGGAGGGGCUGAGAGAGAUGGGAGGGGAGCCGGGCCGCGAGGUCGACAUGAUCCAGUGCGAGUUUUGCCGGAAGAUCGACUUUGCUUUCCGCUUCCGCCGCUCUAAGCGCUUCUGCUCCAUGGCGUGCGCCAAGCGCUACAACGUGGGCUGCAGUAAACACGUGGGGCUCUUCGGCCCCGCGCAGCACGACCACGUCUCGCAGCGCCGGGAGCGCGCGGGGCAGCGCGGGCGGCAGCGCCGCAGCGCCAUCCACCCGCUCGCUCGCACGCACUCCAUGCGCCAGCCUGUGGCGGGCGGUGGUGUCGGCAGUGGCGGCGGCAGCGGCAGCGGCGGCGGCGAUGACCGACCAGGGAGCGAGCAGCCGCACGCGGACCGCGCCUCGUCUCCCUGUGCCACCGUCGCCAUGACGACGCGGCGGCGGCAGAGCGAGCGCGAGCGCGAGAUGCGCGACCUGGCGAUGACCGAGCCGUCGGAGCCGCACGGGGAGAGGUUCUCGCACGAGAGUCCCAGCCGCUGGAGCGUCGAGCAAGUGUGGGGGUUCAUCCACUCGCUGCCCGGCUGCCAGGAGGUCGCAGACGAGUUCCGAGCGCAGGAGAUCGACGGCCAGGCCCUGCUGCUGCUCAAGGAGGACCACCUCAUGUCGGCCAUGAACCUGAAGCUGGGCCCCGCGCUCAAGAUCUGCGCUCGCAUCAACCUGCUGAAGGACGCCUGAGAUCCACCCUCCCCGGGCCACUCGGCCUCCGAGCCUCUCCGGUUUCCCUGCCUCUCGGUCCCCCGGUUCUCGGCUUCACAGACUCAAGGCUUGAGAAGUUCUCCUUACGCUCGGACCCAUGGCCUCCGUGGAGUUUGGACCCGCGGCUGCGAGGGGGGUUUAAGAGACGAGGGAGGUUUUUCAGCCUCGUCAAUAAUCGGACGCCCGGGCUGGAGCUGCGUCUGGGCUGAGAUUUUUACCGAGCGAACGUGAAAAUGGAAGAGAUUAGAGAGCGACCCGACAGUGCGGAGGGUGUGGGUGAGAAUAAGGGGGUGGGAGGGAAGGGGUGGAGAAUGUUCAUGCUCGUCCAUGUACUCGGCGCAAUUACAUUCAUGUAGCAAAAAAUAACAACUACAAAAAUAGUUUUAUACGUAUGCGGUCGAUAUGCCUGAGAACGAUGAAUGAAUGACGAUAUCGUUUCAGCUUCGCUUCGCACCGUGUCAUCCACCAUGCUUGCGGUUGCACAUUGGAGCUUGUGUCUGUGCUGCCUGGCGACGAUCGGCCUCAAACAUCUCGCCGCCUUCUCCUCUGGGGCCAUCACGACAACGGGGAGGAAGUGACGGCGUGGAUGCGGGUGGACUUAACGGCGUUGACCGGAUGUGGCCUCCUUUGACAUUUCAAUACCACCGGGUACCUUGGUCGCCACAAACCGUGGUUUGGUCGACUUGGCGCCGCCAGGAUCUCGGGAGACUUGGAUUGCAGUGUCUGUGUUUACGAGAUGGCCGUGUUUUAUGUCAACGACAACAACGACAAGAAAAAACUAAAACUGCACGGAAGAUUUUGAGCUGACAGCGCGCAUUUGAGACUCGUGCCUCUCCUGUACAGGACACCGCUCACGUUGGAUUCUAUUCUAUUUGGGAUUUAUAUAACGCCCUUUCCAGGGCACUUGACAACACAAGCCGACGGCGGUACACAAGGGGCAAAAGGGGAGCAACGGGUGGGGUGGAGCGGCUGUCAGUGGGAAUAAGGGGGGAGUGUGAUGGUGAAUGAGAGUGACAGAUGGGUGCAUUGUGGAUCAGAGGCAGCAGGGUAUGGGGCACAUGCGUGAAGUGUUGAGAUAGGUGCUAUGGUUGGGCAUGGAUGAGAGCAGGUGAAGGGUGGUAGGGGCAGAGGUGUGGUGGCCGGAUAGUUGAGCUGAUUGAGGAGCACAGCGGAGGGCUGAAGGAACGAUGUGGUUAGGUGCACGUAGAGAAAGCGAGACGUGAGAGCCGGGUCAGGAAUUUGGGUCGUAGGAGGAAGAGAACCGGGAGGCUGGGAGUGGGUUAGAGGCGGGGGAAGGAACCGGUAGAGGUGGAGGCAGUGGAAGAGAGAAAGGACCUCAGGGCAGAGCGAAAGGAGGAAAGCGAGGGGGAGAGUCUAAUGUGUGGAGAGGGAGUUUGUUCCAUUGCAACGGGGCAAGAAGAGAGAAAGAUUGAAAGCGAGACUGGGCGCAAGGGGUUGAAGGAGCAAGUGAGAAAACUGGAAUGUUGAGAUUGGAGGGAGCGUGAAAGGGCACAUAAAGAGGUGAGAGGGAGGGGCGGGGGCAAGACCGUGCAAAAAAGACAGCGGUAAUAGACAGGAAGCGAGUGAAGUUGUCGAAGGAGAGGAGAGCAGUGAGAUGUGUAUGGAAGGUUGAGUACAGUGUGUGUAGCUGCGUUUUGGAUGUGUUGGAGAGGGAUAAAGGCGUAAGUGGGGAGACCGACCAGGAGUUAUGUGCAUCAAUCGAGACGAGUGAAGGCAAGGGGGAGUGUACGAUGAGUUUGGCAGCGGUGGUGGUGAUGAGGGGGCGGAUUUUCCUGAUGUUGUACAGAUGGUAAUGGCAUGUGCGAGUGGUGUUGGCAAUGUGGGAAGUGAAGGAAAGAGUGGACUCGAAGGUAACGCGAGUAAGGGUGGAAGAGUUUGGGAAGAGGCUAAGGGGGGGGGGGGGGGGGUGAAGGAGGGGGGUGAGCGAGAGGAUGAAAAUAAAAACACCGAGGUUUUGGAAGGAUUUAGGGAAAGGAAGUGUUGGGUCAUCCACACUUGUAUGGGUGUCAGGCAGGAUGAGAUGCGGAGGGAAAGAUCGGGGGUGAAUGAUAUGAAGGAGAAGAACAUUUGAGUGUCAUCAGCAAAUGUGAUAGGAAAUAUCCCAGGAAGAAAGAAUAGACUCUCACGUCCAGGCAAAGGUAUCGGCUCCAAGUCGUCAUCGUCGUCAUCGUCGUCAAUAGCCGCGCUUUAUAUUUUCAGUGUCGCUUAGAGUUGCAACUUUAAAAGAAAUAUAUAUUGAGUAUGGAGCGAUAAUUAGCGACAACAAACAAACAUGCAACGGAGUGCUUUCUUUAACAAAAGCCUUAACUAUUUUCCCGUGACGCUACAGGCUGCUGUGUGUAAGGCCAGUGGCCUCGGUGGGCACUUUGUUGGCCGGACGGCGGUCUCUCCUGCGUGGUCUCGUGAGCUCGUGCCCCUGUGGGCGCCUGUGGUGCCACUCUCCGCCGUGACGCCGCGGUGGAGAGUGGUGCCACUCUCCACUGCAGUGCCACUCCGCCAUGGCUGCACUCUCCACUGCAGUGCCACUCUCCGUGCAUCCCGGACCAAGUUUGAGUCGUGGACGGAACGCCGCUCAAAAACAUUGAUAAUGACGGAUAAAAUGGGAAUAUUUUUUUCCCUCUCCGAUUUUAGCUUAGAAAUUAAUUACAAUAGUAAACAUUAACACGCACUUAUAUUUGUUAAGGUUUCAAGCGUAUGUCGGAGUGUUUGCCGUAUCUUGGCUUUGUCUCGUCUCAAUGGUCUUGGCUUGCCGAGCUUGUAGAGGGACCGGCUGUCUCUACGACAGUAGCCACUCGAGUGCCACGCCGCUGAGUGGAUGCUGUGGUGCCACGACGGGACUCUGGCCCCAUGUAGGCCUUUUUGCCGCCCUUAGGCCUUAACUUGGCAGACGAUGGCCUGCAGUCGUCGCUGUGAGCACACGUAGGUUGGCUGGCAACAGUGUUGAAACGUCUGACCGCUACGCACUUGAGCGGCGCACUGAGAUUGCUAUACCGCAAUCAUUACUCCAGCCUUAACGCGAGUGCUCACUUUUUACCCGUAAGUCAAGACCUAGCCAUAAUAAAUCAUUUCCCAUUGCUCUGCCGUCACAUUCAACUUUGCGCUUACCCUACUAUCCUAAUCCGAACCCGUGUAUUUUGUAACCCAGGUGAGAACUCGUAAGAGACCAGCAUCGUCUCAUUUGCAAGUGAGACCCGGGUCACCAAUAUAACCCUAACGGUAGUUGAAACAACGACCGCUACAAUAACACUAACCCAAACAUAAGUCCCUAACGCAAUGGUCACCCAAACUAAAUCUACGGCCACCCGCAAUUGCCCCUACCCAACCCGUAGCCCGACCUAUAACGAUGGCCUUGGAUGAUGUUAACAUUUUUGCAAUGAAGAGGGCCUCGAAACCAUAUCUGGCUGAAUUGGCGUCGCCUUUCCGUAUCCUCCAUGGCGAUCACGACGGCACGUGCUCACCCGCACAGCUCUGGUCCGCUGCGGACUGAGAGCCCGUUCACCUGCGCUGUACCGACCAGACGGGCGACGAUUUCCUUCUCACUGCCUUGUGCGGUUCGCCUAUGGCCACUGAGUGAGUCGUCGCGAGGUUUGUGAACCCAGCGAGAGGGCCCUGCCCAGUUUUCCCACCGCAGCCGCCUGUGAACUGUUGUCAGGCCACGUUGGUGGUGUAGCAUGCCUGGAAUGGGUCCCCCGGUGGAAAGAAUGUGUGAAGAAACUCCAUCGCAGGUUCCAUUUUCUAGAUUAUUUGUUUCACGAUAACAUUUACAAGGCGAGCGUACGACUCACAAGUUUCACAAGGCUAUCUGCAGCCCCGGUGGUUUCCACCAGAUUAAUCUCGAACAGUCCUUCUUGAUGGUUUCCACCAUGUAGAUCUCCAACAGUUGGCCCCGAUGUCGUCCACCUGCAGUCAUCCUCGAGCCAGAGCCUCGAGCGUGGACCUCGCUGCCCCUUGUAUACCCACUCAGCCACGCCCUGGUAACUUCCAGCACUUUCCUCCGGUAGAUUCCUCCGGCAGACUCCACCUGUCUUCUACUUCACUUGUGUCCACCCAUUUCCACUCACUCCACUAUAACACUUGCCAUGUACAGUAUUCUACAAAUAUAAUGGGGGGGGGGGGCGGUCGCCCAAUCUCUGAUUUGCCCGCUCUUCGUAGUCUUGAUGCCUUUGGUCCGUGGGGCCUACAUCAGCGGUGGGCAACUGACAUCUCCCAAGCCGCAUGCGACUCUUUAAUCCACGACAUGCAGCUCUAUCGAAGGGGCAUAACGUGGAACGUACUGUCACAGUAGUAAAGAAUAAUCAGUCUCUCGUGCUGUGCUGAAAACUGUAUAUAUAUACACACACACUAGGCUCUGUGCAGAACUCAUGGGUACGUUUUGGCUCUUGGUCUGUUACAGGUUGGCCACACGUGGCCUAUGCUCUCGACACACCUACGCCGCUCGGCCAUGUGACUCGCUUCGUAACAAACGCUAGCCGCUUCUGAACGGGCAGUCUGGGUGGCUGAUGCUGCACGAACGUAGAUCGGCCUCGCAAAACCAACACCACCCAGCCAGGGCUGUGCAUUCUCAGUGCAUUCUACAAUCCACACAAGCCGUCACCCAACAGUGGGACAUCUUUAGCCCACAGGCCGUGACUUCUUUUUAUAUGGCCCGUGGCCACGUGAAGGCCACCACUUACAAAUCGGCCUGCAAAUAUAUAUUCAUCUGUCACUGCAAACAUCUUGGGGAAUAUUUUCAACCUGGCAAUCUUCCUCGUUGGCUCGCUGAUGUUCAUGUAGCGCAACAGGCUAUCGUUUUUACAUUGACACGAUUGAGUCGGGUAAUUGCGUCGAGGAGUAGCAGAGUCGUGCAUCGCCACUGGGAGGAUGCCUCCUUGGUAUUUGUGAAUUGGGAAGAUGGCAGCCUCCACGCGGCUCGCUCUAUUGAGUGAGAAAUCGCCACGAAUGCCCUUAAACCCGGUGACUAACAUCGAGCGACGAUCUCCCGGUCUCCAGAACAGCGACUCGCUCAACCUUGCCAUAACGCCGUGUUUGUAACUUUAGCGACGCUCGGUCAUUUCUGUCGCUGCACGGGCCUCCCUUUAUACUCGGUCGACACACACGCUAAUAUUUGCAUUCUUUUUUAUAUAUAUAAAGCUAAGCUUUGUGUCGAUGUACGUUUUGCCUGCUGAAGGUAUUUGAACGUCCCGUUCGGCCCUGCGCAGGAAAAAAAGGUUCUCUGCUGCUGCGAUCGGCCAAAAACUGUGGCCAGAGACAAACUGGCAUUGGCCACGUGGCCGGGAUAGGCCCCUCACCGCGGGCAGCACUUGGUUCGUUUUUGUUUGUAGUGUUUUUGUGCUUCAGCUGCUGUUGAGCAAUGAGGGUUUGUAUUAAAGAGCCAGCGGUGAGUGGUGGCUUAUCUGGGUCAAGUGAGGGGUUCAAUUCCACCCGUUUCUGCCUCCUGUACGUCCUCUGUGUCGCUCGUGAUUUCGGUGCAGUAAAAUAAACUCCCAGUCACCUGAA